CAGUGUGAUCGUGCCCCGACUAAACUUGGUUUACAUGCACCACGUCCACACUCCACACUGACCGCGAGAGAAGCGCGAGACGAGGGAGUUUGUUGUGAUAGGAAUGCACAGUGAGAGUUUACAGUGAAUCCUGAUUUACUUUCACAGGAGAGGAGCACGUGUCACUGUCUCACCACCUCGAUUUCUUCUUUUCAAAGGUGUAUACCUCCCACCCCGCCCCACCACGGCCCUCACCUGUGUGUUGCGGUGCUUCCCUUGUGAGCCGACUUGGGCCGGCAGCCCCUUCUUGCACCGCCCGCCGACCCGGCCCAUGGUCACCAUGACGCGCUCCAAAACUUUCCAGGCAUACCUGCCCAGCUGCCACCGCACCUACAGCUGCAUCCACUGCAGAGCACAUCUCGCCAACCAUGACGAACUCAUCUCCAAGUCGUUUCAAGGAAGUCAGGGCAGAGCGUAUCUGUUCAACUCUGUGGUGAACGUGGGAUGUGGUCCUGCAGAGGAGAGGGUUCUGCUCACAGGCCUUCACGCAGUGGCAGACAUCUACUGCGAAAACUGCAAAACCACACUGGGGUGGAAAUAUGAACAUGCCUUUGAGAGCAGUCAGAAGUACAAGGAAGGCAAGUUCAUUAUCGAGCUCGCCCACAUGAUCAAGGACAACGGCUGGGACUGAGCGAGCGUCCUGGAGAGAG